AUGCUAGCCAAGUGUUUUGUUCAUAAAUUUCAAUUACAAAAAAAUCUAACAAAUUCACAGGAAGAUGAAUUUAAUUGUCAACGUGUUGGUAGUAUUCAUCUUGGAACACGUAAACCAGUUGUAAAAAUAAAAGUAGGUCCACCGUCUCUUCAACGUGUUAUUACAUUGAGUGAUAAUAUUAUUCAAAUACUUAAUAGUGGUAAUUUACAAUUUAUACCAAAUAUAAAAUUAAAAAAUAUUAUAACAUUUGCUAUAUCAAAUAAAUCUUCCCAAGGAGCAUCUGUUGAUAUGUGUCUAUCAACAAAACGUAAUAAAUUACAACUCUAUCUACUUGAUCUAACAAAAAUUAAUUUCAUACAGGAACUAUCUGUGCAAGAGUCAUUAAUAUCAAUGAGUAUGGAUGAAUAUGGAAUUUUAGCAUGUUCAGAAACAAAGUAUUUUACAUAUAUUCUUGAGAUAAAUAACGAUCGGCUAUCAAUAAGUUCUUCUCAAAUUAUUUUUACACUACAUGAUUCGAGUAUACCAUCUUAUUGUACAAAUAUUACAUCGGGUGAAUAUUUAAUCAAUGGUCCUAAUAUUGGUAUAACAACCACAUUAGAAGGCACAAGUCAACGUGCUCCAAUUAUGUUUACUAGUCAACCAAAUAUGUUUAUCUAUUCACACCCAUAUUUAAUCGCAGUUGUCAAUGAUUAUAUUCAUAUUUAUAGUUAUUUAGAUGAUCAACCAAAACAAAAGAUACAUGUUGGGUAUUGUCGAACUCUAAUAAAUAUUCCUGAAGAAAAUCGAAAUAGUAUUCUUAUAAAUACUAAAGAUAAGAUUUAUUUACUUGAGUCAAUUAGUAUCGAAAAACAAAUAGAUCAAUUAUUAAUUAAAUAUCGAUUAGAUGAAGCAUUAAAUUUAGCAAAAAGUACUUGUUCAAUUACUGAAAAACAACAGACAAAUUCACUUAUAAUAUCAACUCAAAAACGUAUUGGUUUUAUUCAAUUUACUUCAUUGAAUGUUAUCCAAGCAUUAGAUUUAUUCGAUGCGAUUCAUUUAGAUUUUUAUGAAAUUAUAAACUAUAUAGCAGAUUUUUUACCAUUAAAUUCUCCAUGGCCAAAUUUCGAUGAAAAUAAUCGAUCGAAAUAUAUACAAUGGUUAACUGCAUUUUGUGAUUAUAUGAUAAAACGAUCAACAGACUUUUCUCUUCAACCUGAUUAUUAUUCAUCGAUAUUGAAAGCUUAUUUAAUUAUAAAAUCACGUGAAAUGAUAAUAGAAUUUCUUGAAAAAAAUGCUUCAUUUAUUCCAAUUGAUUUUAAUAAUUUACUUUUUAAUGCUCAACUUUAUCAUGGUGUUGCAAUACUUUAUUCUGCUCAUGAUAAACAUGAAGAAACAAUUGAAAUUUGGAAAAAAAUUGUAUUGAAAGAAUAUCCAAAUGAUGAUGAUACAUUUCCAGGCAUUUGGGUUAUUGCGAAAUAUAUUCUUGAACGAAAUAUUGAUCGGUCAGUGGAAUUUUCUAUUGCAAAAUGGUUAUUAGAACAAAACGAAGAAGAACUGGCCAUAAAAAUUUUUAUUGCUAAACAUAAAGAUGAAUCAAAUGAUGAUAUAUUUUGUUCUGAUCGAGUUAUGAGUUUAUUAAAACCAUAUCCAACAGCAUUAAGAAAUUAUCUUGAACAAGCUGCUUUUAAAUUAAUGAUUGAAACUGAUGAUAUUCAUACAACAUUAGUAAAUAUUUAUCUCGAUCAAUUGCUGUCUAAAUCUCCUCAAGAUGAUGAGCAUAUAAGAUUAAAACUCCAAGAAUUUCUUAUAAAAUCAAAUUCUUAUCGUAUUCAAUCAGUUCUUCAUCGUAUCAAUCAAACAGAUCGAUUAAAACGUGAAGUAGCCCUUCUUUAUGGCAAGAUGAACAAUUUUGAACAAGCAUUUGAAAUACUUGUCAACGAACUUGAAGAUUUUGAAUAUGCAGUAAAUUAUUGUACUGCUUUAUCAUAUGAAAAAUCGAGUGAAGAUCGAAAAAUAGUUGCUCAUAUAUUAUUCAAAGUGCUUCUUGCUUGUAUAGACAAACAUCCAGACGAAAUAACUCAAGUACUUCUUCGCCUUCUCUGUAAUAAUGAAAUUGAAUUUAAUUUUCUUGAAAUUUUAAAACGUUUACCAUCACAUUGGUCAAUUUCAUUAUUAGCAGAUAUUCUUCUACGUGCUGUACGUUCAUAUUCAUAUACAGAACGUUCGACAAAACUUGAAUUAGCUUUAAGUCGUUUACAAAAUGAGAAAUUAAAUAUAAAAUUAGCGAAAUUAAAAUGUUCAAAUGUAAUUGUAAAUGAAUAUCGACGUUGUAAACAUUGUUUACAUCAAUUUUAUGAAACAUCUUGUGUUGUCUAUCCCGAUGGUAGUCAAGUUCAUAUACAUUGUGCAAAACAAUUAAAUUAA